UCGCGCUUCCCGGCCCGCCGCCCACAGCUCACCAGGCCUCGUCGGCCUCGGUGCGCUGGGGAAAGCCGUCCGGGCCCGCUGCUGACGCCGUGGCCGCGGCCGGGCCAAGGUUCCGGGCGGACCCCGCCGACUCAGCUCCCUGCCUCCCCCUGAGGAUGGACCCUGGAGACCCCACCGGAGAGCCUGCUGCUGGUGACUCAGCUGGUGGUGAGUGUGUCCCCAUGGGCCGGGACCCGCUGCUGUUCCUGCAGACCCUGCAGACGCUGUGGUGCACUCGGGAGCUGGGACAGCUCCGGGAGGAAGCCCAGAGGGGAUUCGCCGCCCUGGAGGACCCGCUCGCCGCCCUCCUGGACAUGCUGGACAGCAGCCGGGGCUGGCGGGGGAAGGGCCCCUCCCUGGAGGCCUGGGUCGCCUGCGAGCUGAAGCGCUGCUUGCAGGCACAGACGUGCCCGGGGCCGGCCCGGGGCAGCCCAGGGCUGAAGCAGCUGCAGGCCCGUGCGGUCAAGCUCCUCGCCGAGAGCCCCCCUGGCCUCGUGGAGCCGUUGGUCAGCAUCUUCCAGCUGCAGGACACAGACCGGAGCCCCCUGCUGGCUCACGUCCACCGGCUGCACCAGGAGGGCAAGUUCAAAGAAGCCAUCAUGCUGGGCACAAAGCUGCGGCUGCAGGCGGAUCUUGAUGUUGAGAAGAUGUGCAUCCCCCUGCUCCUCCAGGACAAGGCAGACCUUGUGGAACGCUACGUGGAUGGCUUUCCCGACCUCCAGCGGAGGCUGCUGGCCCUCAUGGACUCCUGGUGCCAGCCCGGCUUUGACAUCAGAGUCGUCGCCAGAAGGUACCCGCAGAUGACCUUGAGGCUGGAGAGGCUGAGCCCCAGAGCGCUGGGUCGGCAGGUCCUGCGACUGCUGGAGCAGCAUGGCCUGGACCCUGCCCUGUGUCCCAACGUCAUCACCCAGCAGCGCCUGGCCGCCCUGCGGUAUCUGUGCUACAAGCGGCUGGUAGAGAGAAGCGUAUCUCGGGAGAGCUGGGCCGAGCAUGUGCAGGGCCUCGUGGGGCAGGACCAGUGGCUGCAGGAGCAGCUGCUGCAGCUGCUGGCGUCUCACGACGACGCGGCCCUGGUCGCCCAGUGUGCCCUGGACCUCCUGCUACCCGAGGAGCGAUUCCCGGCCUCGGUGGCUGCAGAGCUCCGCCAACUCAGGAUCCAGGAGAGGACGGCCGAGGCCCCCCUGGAGGACGGGAAGGACGAUUACUACCAGCUGCCCAUCCCCAGGGAGCAGCUCUGCUUCCUGGCCUCGUGGGAGGACCUGGCCAGGCACCAGGACGAGCUCCUGCAGCCCGGCCGGGUGGUCGGCAUGGACCUGGAGUGGAGGCCCUCGUUUGGAGCCGGGGGCCGGCCCCGGGCGUCGCUCAUGCAGGUGGCUGUGGAGGGCCGCGUGUUCCUGCUGGACCUGCCCCGGCUCUCAAGUCCGGCAGGAGGGCAGGCGCCCCAGGCCUUCUCCCGGCUGGUGUCCCGGCUGCUCGCGGACCCCUCCAUCACCAAGCUGGGUUACGGGAUGGCGGGGGACCUGCGGAGCUUGGGUGCCUCCUGCCCAGCCCUGGCCCAGGCCGAGAAGCAGCUGCAGGGCAGCGUGGACCUGCUGCAGGUGCACAGGCAGAUGCGGGCAGCAGACAGGCCAGCCCCAGGUGUGGACGGGGCCACAGGGCCGCGGGGCCUCAGCCUCCUGGUGCAGCAGGUGCUGGGCAAGCCCCUGGACAAGAUGCAGCAGCUUUCCAACUGGGACCGGCGGCCGCUGGACGAGGGGCAGCUGGUCUACGCAGCCGCUGAUGCCUACUGCCUGCUGGAGGUGUACUGGGCUCUGUGCAGAGAGCCUGCCCGCUUCCACCUGUCGGGGGACCUGACCAGGAGCCUGAGGCUGGGACGCGGUGAGAGAGCGGGGGCUGGGGAGCUGCCGCCCCUUCAGAAGGCCUCGGCCUCGCCCCAGCAGGUGCCCACGGGUGAGGACGCGGCCCCCGAGGUCCCGGCCAGGGCCUUCCGCGUGGUGUGUGACAGUAUGCUGCAGGGGCUGGCGCGGAGCCUCCGCCGUCUGGGCAUCGACGUGCUGGUGCUGGCCACCGGCGAGGACCACCGCAGGGCCGCCGAGAGUUGUGCAGCCAUCACCACAGUCAAUUUUAAACCACUUUCAUCACCUGUGAAGUUGUCCCCCGUGCCCCUUCCCCAGCGCCUGGCAGCCUGGCUUCGGUCUCCGGGGAGCUGCCUGUUGCGGACACUGCAUGUCAAUGGACUCGUGCACGUGGCCUUUCGGGCCUGGCUUCUUUCACAAGUGUGAUGUUUUCUGGGCUCAGCCAUGUCGUAGCAUCUGUCAGCGCUUCACUCCUAUUUACUACCAAAUAACGUUCCAUCAGCUGGACCACAGUGGAUCCAUCCACCUGGCCGCUGAUAGACGCUCGGGCUGUUUCCACUCUCGUCUGCUGUGACUCCUGCAGCUGUGAAAGAGCAUAGAGGUGGCCAGGUCAUAACCUGGACUUUUAAUAUGUGGUUUCUUUUAUGAAUUUGAACACAUUCUUCUGGAAGGGGUCCCCAGGCUCACCAGGUGGGUGGCCGGAGCACAGAGCUGGCCAGGGGCCCUGGGACUGCAGAGCCGUGGGGCGUCGUCAGCAGUGGCCCUUCCCUCCAUGCUCUGCACUGCCAGCCGGGUCCUGCCAGCAGCCCCCACCCCCAGUAAUGAGGAAGCUGGGGCCGGAAGAGCAGAGGGGAUCUGCCCGGGGCUGCAGGGGGAAGCCGGGAACCUCCCGUGCCAGCCCCACGUCCGUGCGAGGAUGUCCACUCUCCCCAGCCCUGGCCCCUCACAGCCGUCUCUUCCGGACGCCUGGUCCUGGUGCCCAGGGGAGGAGGACGUGGUCGUGCCUAGGGUGGCUCUGGACGCCGUCCCUGUCGGAAACCCCUCUGUCCCCAACCAGGGUUGUUUCUAGCUUAUGGGGGCUAAGACUAGGAGGGCCAGCCUGGCAUCUCGAGGACCGCAGACCAGGCGUCAGCGGUCACAGGACCCAGGGAGGAGGGGCCUUCCCAACCGGCCCCGAGAGUACCCCAGUCUCCAGCAGAUGGAAGGCAGGGUUUGGCCCCUAGUCUGCACCCGCACUCCCACGUUACCCUCUGAAGUUUUACAUGAUGCGGCCCAAGGGAGUUGCAGGUGUGAUUUACUUGUCAGCUGACCUCAAAGGGGCCCGCCCCGAUGGAGGACCUUGGAGUAUAUGGGUGGAGCUUGUGUCAUCACGUGAGCCCUUGACAGCAGAAACGGAAGGCAAUCAUCAGACUCAAAGCACAGGAAGGAUUCGGUGUGGGCCGCAGGGCAAGGAGACGGACCUCCAUCCAGCAGCCCCCGGGACUGAAUCCUGCGGCACCGAAGGAGCCUGGAAGCGGGUCCGUCACCAGAGCCGGGCCGCCGGCACCAGAGCACCGGGGGUCCUGUGCGUGAGCCCCUGGGGCCCGCCCGCUCCCACCCCACAGAGCUGAGUGUGAGUUCAUGCUCAAGUGGCUGUGGCCACGUUAGAAAAUCAGUAGAUCUGGGAGCCAGGAGUGCAGUGCUGCUGUGAUGAUGCCUCAGACGCGGGAGAUGGAGCAGCCGGAGAGGCUGGGGAAGUGCUGGGGUCGCCACGGCCCAGAUGGAGCAGAGGGGGAGCCGAGCAGGGGCUGGACUGGAGCCGGGGGCUCAGACCUCGGCACCUGGAACAUCGCAGCCCAUGAGGCCACAGGCCCAGGGCCCUCCCAAGGGGUGUGGGAGGGGGACCGAGGUGCUUAUUCCCGGGGUUGGAGCUGCAGCUCGAGCCCCUGCGUUACAGACGGACUUUACCCACAUCUCCCGUGAGGCUUUGUCCCCUCAGCCUUGUGGUCGGAGCCCCCAGGGCCUUGUUCUCAGUGCCCGCCCUGCGGGGGUGGGACGGUUUACUGCCACCCGCGUGGCGCUCGCGACAGCAUUCUGGGUCAGGGGCGACUGUGCGCACUUCUCACACCUGUGAUGGUCUUGGGCGCGGACGUCUCUAGCGUGGGAGCUGCUGUGUCCCUUUGGCUGUUUACAUUUUGUCUUCUGUGGAUCUUUCCCAAUCAUGCGUUUCCUUGUCCAGACCCCCCGAGUGGAUGCACUGGCUGUUUCGUAUAGAAGGGCUGUACUGUGGGUU